UCCUGAUCGAAGUGAAAGAAGAAAGUGAAGAACUGAAUGAAGUAGAGGAGAGACACCAGUAUCAGACGCCUCAUUAUUUCAUAACUGCAGAAAGGUCUUUCAGUGACUCACAGACUAAAAAGAAAAAGUCACGCAAACGGACUCCGAGGACCUUCACCUGCCCUCGCUGUGUGAAGACCUUCACACGUAAAGGAAACCUGUUGAUUCACGUCAGAAUUCACAAUGGAGAGAGUCCUUUCUCGUGUUUCUGGUGUGGAAAGGAUUUCACGCAGAAAGGAAGCCUUAAGAGACACCAGAGAAUCCACAGCGGAGAGAAGCCCUUCACCUGUCUUCAGUGUGGAAAGAGUUUCUCGGAGACGGGAAGCCUUAAGAGACACACACGGAUUCACACGGGAGAAAAGCCCUUCACGUGCCACGAGUGUGGGAAGCGUUUCACACAGGCAGUGGGUCUGAAAACCCAUCUGUGUCCUCACUCUGGAGUCCGAUCGUUGAACUGUCUUCAGUGUGGAACAAACUUGCCUUCAGCAUCAGUGCUAAAAACACACCUGAGAAUCCACGCGAAUGAGAGCAGCAGAGAAGAGCAGCUGAGAGGCGCUGCGGUGAGAUCUCACGUGUGCUUUGAGUGCGGGAAAGCCUUUUCCAAAACCUACGACCUGGAACGGCACCAAAGGAUCCACACCGGAGAAAAGCCCUACAAGUGCUUACGGUGUGGAAAGAGUUUCAAUCAGUCAGGAUCUCUGAAAGCACAUGAGCGAGUUCAUACUGGAGAGAAGCCGUUCCACUGCCGUUCCUGUGGGAAGAGCUUCAACCAGCCAGGUUCUCUGAAGACUCAUCAGAAAAAGCAUUGCCCAGAGUUAUUUAUUCAGACGGUGAUUAUUUCUGACGUGAUGUCGUUUCAGCAUUAA